AAAUAAAAUAAAAUAUACUUGUCUGCUGUGCAGAGGAAAGCUACGAAGAUUUUGGUUCACAGUUAGGUGUAUUUCCUUACUUUCCCAGGAGAGAAGAAGAUACAUACAUACACUAAAAGAGGAAUUAGGGUUUUGUUGUAUGAGUCCACUUUGCUGAAUCGAUUGAAUUAGUUUGUGUGUUUCUGUGUAUAUAUUUCACUAACGAGUCAAUGGGUGAUCCAGCUGAGUCUUCUCCUCUUGUUCCCCCACCUCCGAUCACUGAUAUUCACAACAUUGAUCUCGAAGCUGGUCCUGGCGAACAAAUUCAGUGUCGUAUUUGCCUCGAAACUGAUGGCAGGGAUUUUAUUGCUCCAUGCAAAUGCAAAGGAACAUCAAAGUUUGUUCACCGAGAUUGUCUAGAUCAUUGGCGUGCUGUAAAGGAGGGAUUUGCAUUUGCUCAUUGCACAACAUGCAAGAGUCCAUAUCAUUUGAGAGUUCAUGUUCUUGCUGACAGAAAAUGGCGAACCCUGAAAUUCCGAUUCUUUGUGACUAGAGAUAUAUUGUUUAUCUUUCUCUCUGUUCAACUUGUGAUUUCUUCAUUGGCUUAUUUGAUGUAUAUAAUUGAUAAUUACCAGAAGUCCUGGCUUCGUCUAGCGUGGGGAUUUGACAGUGCAAUUAGUUUUUACUAUAUAUGUGGAGCUCUACUGUUUUUUGCGCUGCUGGGACUGUCCGGAUGCUUUAUAACUUGCUAUGACCGAAGGGUUCGAAAUGAUCUGGCUCAGCCAUGUAGAGAAUUAUGCCUUUGUUGCUGCCAGCCUGGGGUCUGUGCUGACUGCCAUUUACCUGGUACCCUUUGUAUGUGGACUGACUGCACUACUUGCUUUGAGAGUUGCGCUGCUGCAACUGGUGAAUGUGGUUGCUUGGGAGGUGCUGGGGAAGCGGGGUUACCAUUAUUAUUUGUAAUGGCUUUGAUUGUGCUGGGACUAUUUACAGUGAUAGGUAUCUUCUACAGUGUAUUGGUAGCUACAAUGGUUGGACAAAGGAUCUGGCAGCGACACUAUCAUAUACUGGCAAAAAGGAUGCUAACAAAAGAGUACGUUGUUGAAGAUGUUGACAGUGAGACAAGUGGAUCUGAUUGGUCUCCACCACCUCUCCCACCUGAACAUGUUCAACAGCUGAAAACACUAGGUCUCUUGUGAAAGUCUGGGAGUUCAGCCAACGUGCGUGAUCCAAAGAUGAAUACUUGAGCAUCUAUAACCAAUUAUGAUCUGUAAGCCGGUCUUCAGCGAUAAUUCACAAUCUAAUUCAAUUUCUUUGGUUUCUCCAAGUGUAUCGUAUACAGAUAAUGAUGUUGUCAAUAUAUGAAAAGAAAGUCAUAUUAUGAUCAAA